AUGUCGAAUAAAGCAGGACCAUCGACGAUAUCUCAAGGGAGCUUGUUAGAGCUGAGAGCCAUUACUGCUGAGCAUGUAGACCGAUUCUCUAAAGAAGGAAGGAAAGCGAUCAAGGGACAACCCAGGAAUCAUAAUUUAGUCAAAACCAAAAACCCCUUUGAUAGACCGUCACCGGGAUUAGUCAAGAGGCUAGCGGCAGAAGCAAGGAACGAUGCGAAAUCAAGACGAUUCGCAGAAGAAGAUGGCCCAAAUGAAGAUCAAAGAAAGGAAAUAUUGAAAGCUAAAGCUAAGAAAUAUGCAGCUAUAAGAAAAGGUGAUUUGUCAGGAAUGACACAGAAGGAAAUGGAAGAAGCUGUCAUUGAUGUUGUCAAGUUCGAAAGACUGGAAGAAAAUGGUUAUUUAUCUCAUUCUUCGGAUGAAGAUGAAUCUGCCCGACCAUCUAGGCCCAAAUGGCACGAUGAGGAUGAGCAAGCAGAUGAUGAUGAUGAUGCAAAAGAUGAUCUGACCAAGGUCGAAUACAUCGAUGAGAUGGGACGAACAAGAACUGGAUCGCGAAAAGAAGCUCGAGAAGCGGAAACUCUCAAAUCCGGUUCAAGGCAAGGUUUAGAGAGCAUGGAAAGUGGUCAGGAUAACUCAGCGUACGCUGAAGUACUACAAUCCGAAGUCAUUCAUGGAGACCAAAACUUCUACCCUGUAUAUGAACCCGAUGCCGAUGCACUAAAGAAGAAAUAUCGUGAAGCAGAGGAAGAAGCUAGAGCGCAUCAUUACGAUUCAACGAAAGAAGUGCGAGUGAAGGGAGCAGGUCAAUAUCAAUUCUCUUUGGACGAAUCACUUCGAUCGGAACAAAUGGCUUCUUUAGCUUCACAAAGAAGAGAAACUGAAGAGGCAAGAAACCAGUCUCUACAAAGUCAAACAAAAGGUUUAUCAGCUGCUCAAGAGGCUAGAAAAAGGAAAGCCGAUGAGAGAAAAGCGAUGAUAGAUGCGAAAAGAGCUAAAUUGCUUGGAGGUGAAAAGGAAGUAGAGAGAUUGAAAGAGGAGAGAAAGAAGAAAGAAACGGACGAGUUUUUGAAGGGGCUAGAGGAUGAAUUAAUUAGCGUCAAAAAGGAGGACUGA